GGCCCGACUGAGACCGAGAGACGGGAGCGGCCAAGGCGCUUUACCUCAGCUGAGGAAGCAACAGCCGCCUCCGCCGCCGCUGCCGCGGACCGACCCUACGGCCAGGCCGCUCGAGGUUUCUAGAGCUUGGAAUACACAACAGAUAAAAAUGGGCAGAAUUUUCCUUGAUCAUAUUGGUGGGACUCGACUGUUUUCCUGUGCAAACUGUGAUACAAUUUUGACCAAUCGCUCAGAACUCAUCUCUACUCGCUUCACAGGAGCUACUGGAAGAGCUUUUCUUUUCAAUAAGGUAGUUAACCUUCAGUACAGUGAAGUUCAGGACCGGGUUAUGCUCACUGGGCGCCACAUGGUUCGAGAUGUGAGCUGCAAAAACUGCAACAGCAAACUUGGCUGGAUCUAUGAGUUUGCCACUGAAGACAGCCAACGUUAUAAGGAAGGUCGCGUGAUUUUGGAACGGGCUCUUGUCCGAGAAAGCGAGGGCUUUGAAGAGCAUGUACCCUCUGAUAACUCUUGAAGAGAAAAAGCUUGCCGUCUUUUCCCAGGUCUCCUUCACUGAAACAGAAAAAAAAUUCUACUUACAUACACUGUCACCUUAGCAUCAGAGUCGGAUUCAUGAACUGUGGAACAAGAGGUGGAGAGAAUUGGAGGUGGAACCUUUCUUUUUUUUUUUUUUAAACUUUAUAUUUUCCAUCCAACAGCUGUGUGUAGAGGGAGUAUUAUGCAGAUGCCAUUAUCUUUUUUUUCCUUUUCUCUUAUGUUUUACAUCUUUAAGCUGAAUAGUGUAUCUGCAGCUAUAUGGUGGGUUGAAAGGGAAAACAAAUCUGGGCUAUUAGAGUGAAAUCAGUGUUUUUUAGUGUGAACUUUGGAGGUAAAAUAGAAGUCGAGUAUGGUUUUUAAGCUUCUUUGGGGGACUUAAUUUUAAUUAAAAAAAAAAAAGUUAUUUUACCUGAUUUGCUAGUUCAGAUAAGAGAUCCGAAUUUGUGACCAGCGCUAAAGGUUCAGUGUUAGUGUGGCUCGUGCUGGCCAUUUUGCCAUAUUCUUGUGGGGGUUGAACAGUAGCACAGAGCCCAUUCUUCCUUGUCAGUCUUGGCCCAAAGGCGUCACCAUUGCUAAUUACUUGUCACCAUAUAUUUGGUGUUGAUUGGAAACUUUUCAGAAAUGGGGCAGAACUGCUUGGUUGUCCUUUUUUCCAUGUAACUUAAGCAUAUAAUAUAAAUAAAGAAAUAGUUGGAUGUUUUUGGUCCUGUGUUGCUUUAACAAUCAAAAGUUCACAUGAUGAGAAUUUGAUAAGUAAUGAUUAUAAUAGUGAAUGUUUUUCUCUUCAUCUCUAUUCCAGAUUCACUAAAUGUAAGAGAUUACUGCAAUCUGUUUAAACUAAAAUAUUCUAUUUUUAAACCCACAAUGUUGUAGUUCAGGGGGAAAAAACAGUUGAGCAAAAUGUCAAUGUGCAUCCAUGCAGAAAGCAUAUAAUUUGCAUCUGUUUAAAAGAAAGGGAGACAACAAAACAGCCUGUCUUCCGGUACUGUGUCACACAGGGGUUUGGUGCAUGCAUCAUGUGUGCAUGAUUUUUCUGAUGAGCCUUUACAUCCUGGUACUUGGGCCAGCCAAAUAGAUUUAGUUCUUUGUAAUUAAUACCAGAAUCUCUACCAGGAAUUCAGCUAUUGAAAUCAAAACUAUAAUUAGUCCCUCUGUAAAGAGGUACUUAAAGUUUGACUCAGGGUGUUUGUCCACAUUUCCUGAACUUGAAAUAUUGGCCCUUUUUCCUUCCAUUCCUUCUAGACACUCCAGUACUUUCUACUGGUCAAAUAGAGGCCAUUAAAAUAACUUGUCUGAAUGCACCAUCCACACAUAUCCGUGACUUUUCUAGAUCUAUCUGAUUAGAAAGAAGACUCUGACCUUGUCAAGCCUUCAAUCUUCAGCAGCCAUCUCUGCCUGCUAGACAUUGAAGACAUCUGCUAGGCUUGGUUUAGACCAUGUUCUUUCUUAUCUGAUCUCUAGGUUCUUGGUUAGAUGAAUAUCUCCUAUUAACUGGAGACAACAUUGUAAUUGAAUUAAGAUGCGCCCCCCCAAAAAAAGAGAGAGAGCUUUCUUUCACCAAGGAAACCACUUGGCUUAUUUGCUUAUUGAUUUUUUUGACAAAUUCAUAAUGGCAUGUUUUGCCUGCAGCACUCUGUAUGUUUGCUGUUAAAAUAAAGUAUGUUUUGUCCUGUA